GAGAGAGAGAGAGAGAGAGAGAGGGAGAGGGAAGAAAAACUAGGGCACUGUUUUCUGGCUCCUUUUUCACAAACUGUAGGCAGAGUUUUCUGAAGAGCACGCCGGAGUGCAGAGACACUAGGUGAGCUCUGCUCCGUGAGCACUGAACUUGGUCAACUCAGGAACCUCAAGGUACCAAGGGAGUUUCUAUCUCUUAGCGCAAGGAAGCAAACACACAUCUUCAAGCAAGCGGCCAUGUUGGAGGACAAGAGGACAAAGGUGAAGGUUGCCUUUUUCAUUAUCCUGGUGGGUAUCUCAGCCAUGUUCACUGCCGUAGUGACAGACCACUGGGCAGUGCUGAGCCCACGGGUGGAGCAAGUCAAUGCCACCUGCGAGGCGGCCCACUUCGGACUCUGGAGGCUCUGCAAGAAGACGAUCUACAUCGUGGAGGAAGAUGCAAAAGGAAAGGGCUGCGGUCCGAUCAGCCUGCCUGGAGAUCGCAACUGCUCGUACUUCAAGCAUUUCACUCCCGGUCAAGACGCGGAAGUUUUUGAAGUGAAGACCCAGAAAGAAUACAACAUCUCAGCAGCAGCCAUUGCCAUCUUUAGCCUGGCCUUCAUGAUCCUGGGCACAAUCUGUAUCCUGGCCUCCUUUGGAAAGGGCAGGGACUAUCUCCUGAAGCCAGCAGGCAUGUUCUUCGCAUUUGCAGGUCUCUGUACAAUUAUCUCAGUGGAGGUGAUGCGCCAGUCUGUGAAGCGGAUGAUCGACAGCGACGAGACUAUCUGGAUUGAGUACUACUACUCAUGGUCAUUUGCAUGUGCCUGCUCGGCCUUCAUUCUCCUCUUCCUCAGCGGCAUUGCUCUCCUCGUUAUCUCCAUGCCCCAGAUGCCACGAAACCCCUGGGAGACCUGCAUGGAUGCAGAGCCAGAACCCAUAGAAUAAAAUGGAAUGGAACCAUGCUGCCCACAUUCAUCACCUCCAUAGCAAGUCACCUUGUCAGGUCAAAAGGAUUAGUACAGCUCCUUAAAAUUAGUGGCAAAAGUACUAUUUUCAUCUGUUUAAAGUGUGCUUUUCCAAUAAAUUUCUCCUUUAAAUCAUGAACUGAUGCUUUAUGUUAAGGAGAUCCAUUGGAUGUUUCAGUAUUGAUAAUGUUUGGGUAGCGAUGAUGUUUGACUGUUGGGGAACGGUUGAAUAUUGGUUUUGUUUCAGUUUUAAUGACGUUCAAGUACUGAGGUUUGAAUGUUCGUGAUGUGUGAAUACAGAUGAUUGAGUGUUUAUGAUUUCUGAGUAUUGAUCGUUUUUGUCGCUUCAUGAUAUUUAAGUAUUGAUGAUCGAGUACUGACCGUCACUCAUUGUCUGUGUAUGAACUCUCCAGUUUGUGACUGAAUGGGUACUAGUGCUUUUCGGCUGACAGUGGCUGUUCUCACAGGGUCUGUACUAUGAAAUCCAUUAACGCAUAUUAGGUUUCAGAGUUUAGAAGAGAUUAAUUUAAAUAAAAUAGAAAAUAUAAACAUAUUAGAGGAAGCAGCUACUCAAAAUAAUUUUCCUUUACCGUAUACAUCAGUGAUAAUCAUAAACAUAAUGACAUGGUCACCAUACCUUACUGUUUGUUUUGUGGCACAGAAAAAAUGUGCUUUUACAUUGUUGAAAAAUAACUUAUGAUCAAGUCGUGUGAACUGAGAAGCUUUUGACUUAAAGAGGCGCAAUGUGCUUGCAGGGGUUUGGAGGUGAGACAGACAUGUUUAUUUCAUUGGAGCAUCCAAUGAAUGCAAAUGCCCAGUUUCUGCUGUUUCCUCCUGUGCCAAGCUCUGCGCCAGUCUCUGCAGGGCUGUAUAAACGCUUGGCCUCACUGAACAGGCUUCACAGGUGUGUAUCAAAUGAAAGGAAGCCCUGUUGAGUCCCAUGUUUCUUUUCUGCUGUAAACAAACUGGCAUAAUACUCCUUUUUUUCCCGAAGGUGACAGACAUCCUUACCUUUUCUUGAAAAUCUUUCCAACCUUUUUAUAUGGAAGACGUCACCGUUAAAUUCAGUUUUUGCAUGUUAACUGUUGUGAGAACUGUGGACACAAGGGUUGCGUUUAACUAUAGAGAGCAAAAAAAAAAAAUGAACGGUACAGUGAAGCAUCGUAAUGACUGUAAGCUCACAAUUUCCCCUCAUAAGACCGUUACACUUGCUCAGAAACACAUUAAAAUUGUUAAGAUGCUUUGGAGGAAACUGUGUGCAUGAUCGGCAUGACUGGCAGUUUUCCGAUGCAAUGGACAACAAUGUGAAUGCGGGGAAGGAUUGCCCAUCUUUUUCUUUGUGACACAACGUGAUGCUUUUGUUCAAUUCAUUGACGAUGCUGUCCUUUUGAUAUCCUGUUACGUUAAAGCGUUGUCACAGAAUGUAUUUGAUUUAAUUUAGUCAGGAUAGAAUAUGAAAACACAGUAAAACAGUUGAGCUGGCACAGCAAGUGUCAGUUACAGCUGUCAACUAUGAAUUAGUCUCAGGCAAUACAAUAGUGGCAACAGAAUAGAGGCAUACAAUACUUCAGAUGUUUUAUGUUUUGGAUGUGUUGUACAUCAUAUGAUGUAAUCAUGUUAUCUAAUGUAUUUUUAAUGAAAAUAAAUCAACAUGGAUUGGCA